AUUUAAUUCUGAUUAGAUGGUCGAGGAGAGCGGACGCGCUACAAGAGGUGCAGUGGACUAAGGAUUAAUUUCGGAUAGUUACUAACAAUGCGGCGCCGGUGGAAGUAUGCAUUGUGUCGACUGCCAUUGAUACUGAGCUUAUUAACUCCAACAUUUGUAGUGUUCAUCUUCACCUUAUUAUUUAACCAACCACCGGAAGUUCAGAGACAUCUGGAGAAAAAGGAGUAUACCAAAGCACCGCAACUAUUACAAAAUUAUACGAAUAAUCCUUACAAUAUAUCACAUCCAUAUAACGUGAACUUUGAAGAGUUACUUGUGAUGAAGGAGAGUGGACAACGCAUACCAUUAAAACCUCUUAAUCCCCAUCCAUAUAAAUAUAUUUUGAAUCCAUCCAAUAUUUGUCAGGAACCCCCUCCUCAAAAUAAUUCGUUAUUUGUGUUAAUACUCAUAAAAAGUGCGCCAGAUAAUUUUCACUUGAGACAGACUCUGCGAAUGUCCAUGGAGAAAAAUCCAAUCGAAAAAGGAUACGUUCGAAUUGUUUUCUUGAUGGGUACUUCCAAAAAAGAACUUAAUAAGAACACCAUGGUUGAAAAUGCAAUGUAUGGAGACCUUGUUCAACAGGAUUUUGUAGAUUCGUAUAAGAAUUUGACUAUAAAGACAGUCAUGGGAUAUAAUUGGGCUGUAAAAUAUUGUCCAAAUGCUACUCACAUUCUUUACAAGGAUGACGAUUUUCAUUUUAAUGUUAAAAAUCUUCUUAAAUUUCUAGGAUCUCAUGAACAUCCUCAAUCUUUAUUAGUGGGAUAUAGAGUUGACAAAGCGCCAGUUAUGCGCCACCCAGCAAGUCCACAUUUUGUGAAGACAGAGGACUAUCCAAAUAGAGUUUAUCCGCCGUAUUUAGCUGGAGGUGCGUAUGUCGUUAGUAUGGAUGUUGCACAAAGAUUUGUGAUUGCGUUUCCAUAUGUGAAAUACAUUGCAGUGGACGAUUCAUACAUAGGGAUAGUUGCAAUGAAACUAAAUAUCCUGCCACAGAUGAACAAUGUUUUAUUUUCCUUUAAGGAUUGCAAAGAUCUAGAUUCAAAAGUGAUAGCUUGCAGAGGAUAUACAUCUCAUAAAGAAAUAUUUUCUGCCUGGAAAACGUUUGUAAAACAGUUUUUAGCGAAAUUUUAUAUAUGAUGAAUUGUAACUAUGGAUCUAGAUAUGAAGUUUCGGGUAAAUAACAUAUUGAUUCUUAUAUAGGUUUUGCUUAAACUGAUAUAUAAAGUGAAAAAUAAAAUAAUAAUAUAAUUAAAAGAACAAUAAUAAUUGUAUCAUUUAAUGCAUCGCAUUUCAUGUAAAUUUUUGAUAAUUGAAAAAUGUUUUUGUCAAGAAAAGGAGAAAAUUUUUUCCGCUAAACGAUUUCUGAUUUGGCUAAUUUUGACACAGUGUAUAUUCAAUGUCUAUAAAAUUAAAUUCAAGUUUUCCCUGAUGAACCAGCAAUUAAAAACCAAAUAAAUUAUGAAAUAUAA